AUGGCUCCCAAAUCCACCAGGGGCAAGGGAAUGGCCAAAGAUGCCGGGGCGGCGGAGCCGCCGGAGAGUGAGCAGGCGGCGCGACGAACGCAGCUCGCCUACUUCCCCUCGACGGUCGACGCGAUCGAACUGCGGGAUUACUUCAAGCCCCUGCUCCGCCCCGGCCUCGACCACAACCUUACGGUGAUGAGGCACGCCCAUCUCUGCCAACGGCUCUUCCAGCUGGACGUGAACCGCGAUGGCGAGGUCGAGCGGUCCGGCAAGGCCGCGAGGGCCGCCGCCGGGAAUCCCCCCUUGGCAGACCCAGAGGACAUCGACACCAUCAUCGAAGAUGUCGCCAAGGCCGCCGAGGCGGAGGCCGAGGAGAUCGCCGCCAAGGAGGCCGCCAGGGGCGCUGCUGAUGACGCAGCCAAGGAGCUUGCCGGGGAGGCCGGCACGUCUGGUGCCGAGGAAGAGGUGGUUGAUGACCAGCCUUCCUCCUCCGCGGCCUCUGGCUCUGGCAGGUACCUGAAGCUGCGGAAGAACCAGGCCCUCAACUUCAAGGAGCACGUGGAGGGCGAGAACCGCUGGCUCAAUCGCCUCGACGCCGUUGCCGACCAGGCCUCCGCGCAACUAGCCACCAUGGGGAUGCCGUACGUGAAGGACGCCCCGGAGCGGAAUAGGCACGUCUGUGGCGACCCCGUGGCAACCGGGGCCCUCCCAGACUCCGUCGUGCCUCCGUCCCCACCGGCCUCCUCUGUCCUGCACUCGCCGGCCGAGGCCUCGGCUGGACUGGGGUUGGGUGUGGACCGGUCACCUCCCCUCCCCACCCUUGUCGCACGGCUGCGCCUGGACCUGGUGGUGUCCGGGGAUCUCUCCGUCGCCGAUGUGCCUCCGACUCCACCUGCAUCCUCUGCGACCCUGCCCGAGCUCGCCUCUUCACCGACUCAGAGCCUGACCUUCGGCCCGGCGACCGGCGGGGCGACGGCGAUGUUUCCUCUCGCGCUUGACAGGACACCGGCCCAGGGCUCCGCCACUCGGUCCAACCCCGAGACCCCGUCUCUUCCUCCUCCUUUCUCCUUUGUCCUUGGUCCAUUUCCUUCUCCACUCUCCAGCAAGCCCUUUCAAAAAAAGAAUCUCCAACAAGCUUCGUUCGUCUCGGCGACGCGGCGGAGAAAUCCAGUUAAAUCUACUACGACUUCGGUUCCGGAGCUUCAAGCCAUCCAGGCCAAAAUGGGUUCAGCUGGGGAUGAGUUCACCCCACUGUCUCAGUUAGAAUAUGGAAUGGACAAAUGUAAAGUGCGGGUGCGCGUCUCACGGCUGUGGGAGUCCUUCAAUCCAAAAGAUGACACUUUGUUCGGCCUUGACUGCCUUCUGAUCGACGAUCAGGGUAAAACUAUGCAGGCGCGUGUAGAACCUGGCGAUAUAGAGCGGUUUGAAGAUCUGCUAGUUGAAGGGAAGGUCUAUGCCUUGUCGGAUUUUCAUGUUGAUUCGCAGAGGGACUACUAUAUGUCCUGUAGCAAUGAGUGGACUAUGUACAUUAGAAGGCAGACGGUGGUCACUGAGAUAGAAGGAGAUAUUGAUUCGAUACCCCUCCACAGCUUUGAGUUUGUUAAAUUUAAGGAUCUCCGUUAUAGGUGCGACGACAACAGCUUAUUGACUGAUGUUCUGGGUCACAUAGUAUAUGUUGGGGAGCUAGAGGAAGUCUCAAAAAAAUCACGCAUUAUAGAAAUUUGCAAUGCAAGAAUUCGGGAUUUGAGAGGAAGGGCACUGAGUGUGACACUGUUUGGAGAUGUUGCUUCUGGUUUUACUGAGGAUAUGCUCGAGAAAGGCCAAGACGCCUCAGUUGUUGCUGCCUUUGCAGGGAUGUCUGUUACUUCCUCAUCAUCAGUUUGCUCUACAACAUCUUCAAUGUACUAUCUGGAUUUGGAAAUACCAGAGGUGCAAGAAUUCCGUGCGAAUUUGCUCAUUCAGCAGGCAAACCCUGUUCCGUUAAAAACUCCAACUCAGAAGUUGGCUGAGAGUUGGCGAACAAUCGAACAGCUAAAAAGCCUCGAUCGAGAAGAGUAUGAUGAGGAUACCAUGUUUUUGUGCAGAGUCUCCCUGAUAGAUGUAGAUUGCACCAAUGGUUGGUGCUAUCUUGGAUGCGACACCUGCCAAAAGUCGAUGUCCAGGGCUCCAAGGAAAUACAGGUGUGCCCGAUGUGGCCCGAUGAUGCCAGUUCAGUGGUACAAGCUGAAGGCGAAGGUGCAGGAUGCUACCGGCGCAAUGAACCUGAUGAUCUUCUGUGAGGUGGCAGAGGAGCUGGUCGGUGUCUCCGCGGAGGAGCUCGUGAAUAAGAUCGAGGACGAUGAUGAGUGGUACAGCCUGCCAGACGAAAUCGAGGAUCUUAUUGGCUCAACGCACACCUUCCAGGUUUUCGACAAGCACAUGGACGGGAGCUUCUCGGUGAGGUCGAUCAUGGACGAUGCUAGCGUCCCAGCCCCUGCUGCAGCCGCUAGUCAAUGCAAGGAGGAGAAGGCUGACCCUGAGGGGAGCAAGAAGCCUAACAAGCGCCUGCGAGGGGACGACGACUCGAUCAACCUAGAUCUAGGGCUAUAGUGUAUCUAGGGUAAUGCAUCUGAAAGGAUCAGCCAAUGGAGCUUUCUGUUCUCCUUCUACCUGGGAACAACUGCAUCUACUGCUGUGAGUCACUGGAUCUAGUGUUAGUGCUGGGUAACAGACCAGAACCCGUUUAAUCCUUUUGAACAUUGUUUCCCUUGUUAUCAUGGUUGAUGGAAAAUGGGCUUAGCCCAUUUUGGUGACCAGAUGCUGUUCGUUGUAGAAUCAAUCGUGCAUGAGGCAAGUUUUCAGAUUUUCACCCAAAUCAAGUUUUCACUGGACAC